AUCUGUAUAGACAAUUUGUCCAGAAUCCAAUCCCAGAAUGUCCUAUUCCAGAUACUGCUUGUAUUGAGGCUGCAGUAUGUUUCUCUCUUACAGGCACUAUGGAAGAAAAUCACCAGGAUCCACUCCUUCCUUCUAGUACUGUAUGCCAGGUCUACAGUCAAACGUGCAGAUCUCAGAUUGGCCUCUCCAGUCAUCUCUAGACUCACCAAUGACUUCCCUGUCUACUGGAAGACUGUCGUCUGUGUAUUGAGGGACCGCCAAUAAACUGGAUCACUGCUCAUGUUUUCCUAAAAUGCACCGGUGAGGAUGAAGACAUUGUUUGAGGAGAUCAAGGCAUCCAUUAAGAAUAAUAACGACCAGGACCGCUCAUUCUGGAGGCCCGUGCUCCCCUGGGGAGGGGUCUUUACUAUCAAAGCUGGCCGCAAAGCGGUAUCUUGCACGCCACUUUAUGUCGAGAUACAUCUGAAAAACACAUGCACUAUUGACGGAUUCUUGAUGCUGUUGUAUGUCAUCCUGCGCGAAAACGAGCACUUCCCCAGGGAGCUCUCCCUUCAUUUGGGCAGAGAGUUCGUAGACUGUUUUCUUUACUUAAUGGACUCCUACAGUUUUACAACUGUAAAGCUGCUUUGGAUUUGGGACAAGAUGGAGAAACAACAGUACAAAUCUGAAGUUCACAAGGCCUCGCUGGAGAUCGACUUGUUUGGCAACGAGCACGACAACUUCACGAAAAACCUGGAAACGCUCAUGUCCACCAUUCAGGAGAGCUACUGUUCCAACUGGAGGUGUCCUACACGUGUGCAGGAAGAUCAGCAGAAAACAAUUAACAUCAACCCUCCCCAAGAGAUCCCACAUGGAGACUUGAUUCAGCUGGCAGUAGAUGAAUUAUUCUGUUCCAAGAUAGAGCUGUGUGAGCAGUAUGGAUGCAGUGGGUUGAGAGAGUUCACCCAGAGAAUCUUCUGCCAUGGAGCACCUCCCUUUGUUGUCUUAAAUAUGCAGCAGUGGAAGUCUGAAGACUUGGCAUAUGUCCCGUACCACCUGGCCUUAUCUGACCACAAGUAUUUAUUGGAAGGUGCCACACUGUUUAAUAAAGAGGAGCACCAUUAUUCUGCGGCCUUCCAGAUCGACGGGUAUUGGAUGCACUAUGAUGGUCUCAGAAGUGUCAACUUAAUUUUUUUACAUAAACCCCCAGAAUUUCUUCUUUUGUCAUCUCUAGUUUAUAUUAGAGCAGCAGAGAAAUAAAGGACACUUAGCCAAGUUUCACACAGUUAAAUCACUGCCACCCACCAAAUGGAGGUCUAUAUUUUUAUAAGUACUUGGUAUCCAAGAAAAGAGUAGGACUAUAGUAGUUUUGGUAUUGUAUUACCCAGUACUUUUGCAACAGAAAAGAAUUUAAAUUGGAAACACUAUGCAAAAUACCUGUAUUUUUCUAAUGUUGCUUGAUUUAUUUUUAUACAGGUAGAUUUUGUGUUAAAAUAAAAAAAAAGAAAUC